AUGAUGCUAGCGGCAGCAGCAACGGCUGCAUCGGCAGCGACAUCCAACAGCAUAAACAAUGAGCCCAGUUAUAGUAUUAGCAAAAUCGGAACCACACCUAUCAAUCAUACCAACGGUCACGCUGCAGAGGGAGGAUCGUUGAACGCCAACACUACCGUUUCGGUUGCGACUUCAUCGCCGCCAGCGUCAUCUUCAUCGUCCUGUUCGUUGGUAGGCAGUGCGAAUCAACAAAUUGUUUCACCAUCGCCCGGUAUCAUUUACGACGAGAUACAGCUGACACCACCUAAUCAGGAUGCUCUGCUACCACCACCAGGUAAGUCUAGUUCCAAUCUAACGGUGAGUGGUGCAGUAACGGCCGCCGGUUCGCUACGAUCUAUACCAACUACAGCCAGCAUAACGUUGGAACCCGCAAACCCGCUGAUGGCGGCUGUGUCGACGGGUUCGAAAACAUCAACGACAGCUUCAACCUCUGCUGCGAUGGGCAUAAUUCCUCCCGUGUCUGUGCAACAAAUCUCAAAGCAACAACAGCAGCAAAUGCGUCACGUAAAGCUAAACGUUUCCCAACCACCUUUAAGCGGUGCAAUGACAACCGGGAAAUUAGUACCCAUAACCGAUGCUGGGGCAUGUUCGCGUAAAGCUAGCAGUGGAGCUACCAAUGGUUCUACAAGCGUAAAUCGCACGAUCCUGACGUCUGGUGGUAAGAUUGAUAGUGGUACUCCGAACGACACAACACAGCAACGGGUCGCAUCGGUUCAUAAUCUUGCGCCAGCGGAAGUAUCGACGCAUAUGCAAACGUCCAACGUGGUAGUAGGUCCUGUGAUCGUGAAUGGAGCAAGCAGUACGAUGGUAGUAAAUGUAGCAAGCAGUAAUAAAAAUAUUGCAGUACCAGGUGGUGAAGAAUCUGGCGCAAAUGUUGUGUACUAUCCACCAGCAUCACAACAGCGUCCAUCGAAACAACCAACGGAUCCACAGCGUCAUCCAUCGCAGGAGUCACAACAAUCACAACGGGCGGCGCUUAGCCAACUGUCUACUGCACCAGCGACAAUGCCUACGGCCGGUUUGGGUGCAAACCAUACACAUGCUCAUCACCACACACACGCCCAUCUGUUUACGCAUGCACAACAGCAGCAGCAGCAGCAACAACAACAUUCCGUAGUCUCUCUACCAGUCGGUAAUGGUUAUGGUUUAGCUACCGGUCCGAUGCAACAGCACCGACAACAGCAGUUUCUGCAACGUCAACAGCAACAACCGGGGCCACCACACACUGCCGGUGCAGCACAGUUACCACUGCCCAUGCCCGCUCCAACCGGUUCCGGCACCAUGCAGACGUCGAUGAUGCCCGCUCUGCACCAUCCGACACAGCCGCAACCACCGCCUGCACCUCCACCAUCACAACAUCAUUUGCCGCAUCUCCACCAUAUGCAUAAGCAGCUACCACCCUUACCGUCGCAUACGCAGGCUCAAUCUGCCCAGCCGCAGCAACCGCAACCACUAACGGCUGCCCCGACAACGGUGGCAACGGUGGCGGUGAAUGCGCCUGCGGCUGCCACUCACCCACAGCAGCAAAGCAUCAAUCUGAACGUCAACCAUCACGUCAUUUCGACACCGAUUGUGGUUGAUUUUUCGAACAUGACCGUUAACUGUGUGCAGUUGCAGGAAGCACAACAUCCGAACCCGAUCGCUGCGGCGGCUGCUGCGAUGGCAGCUGGAUAUGGUGCGGCUGCAGCUGCUGCUGCCUCAGUACCGGCCGCUAUCAGUGCCCGACCCGGUGCCAAGUGA